AUGGGUUCUUCAACACUGUUACUGUUAGUGGUUUUCGUGUUUGAUCUGAUCGCUUUUGGUCUUGCUGUUGCUGCUGAACAGAGGAGGAAUACUGCCAAAAUCGAAAAAGUGGGAAAUGAUAGCUAUUGUCGCUAUGAUUCAGACAUUGCAACCGGCUUAGGAGUCGGUUCACUCCUGUUCCUUAUGGCUAGUCAACUCCUAAUAAUGAUAGCUAGUCGAUGCUUGUGUUGUGGGAAGGCUAUGAGACCUAGUGGGUCUAGAGCAUGGGCAAUCGUCCUUUUUAUAACUUGUUGGGUAUUCUUCUUUAUUGCUGAGGUCUGCUUGCUGGCGGCUUCUGUUCGUAAUGGCUACCACACCAAGUACUUGUCAGAUCCUUCUCGCUCUUGCCAGAAAGUGAGAAAGGGAGUCUUUGGGGCUGGAGCUGCAUUUGUUGUCUUGACAGGCAUUGUAUCUGAGAUUUACUAUGUUAGCUAUUCCAAGGCUAAUGAUGGACAACUUUCUUACAACAGAGACACUGGUAUAAGAAUGGGGAAUCUAUAA